AUGGGUCGCAGCCAGCCCAUUUCCAUUAAGCCAACCAAAAAAGAAAUUCAAAACGGACGUUUGGGCCCUCGAAACCUAGAACUGGCAAUCCGAAGCCUUUACCAAGAUGGUCUAGUCGUGGUCAACGACGUGAUCCCCCACGACAUGCUCCACCGACUCAACGAGAAAAUGGUGAAGGAUGCCCAUGAGCUCUACGGGCGUAAGGAAGAUAGCCCAUUCAACUACAACCCAAACAACCUCCAGCAAGAUGCCCCUCCGAUGCGCGAGUUUUUCGAACCCCAGAUCUUCAUGAAUCCCAUCGCCACUCAAAUCACGUCAACUGCACUAGGCCCGCGCCCUAAAUGGACGUUCUGCUCCGGCAACACAGCGAUGCCGCCAACACGAGAGAACCUAGCCGUGUCCCAGCCCGUGCACUCUGACGCAGACUUUGCACACCCAGAUCAUCCAUUCGCUCAUGUAAUCAACGUUCCAUUGAUUACAAUGACACCAGAGAAUGGCUCAACCGAAGUUUGGCUGGGAACACACCAGGAAAGCGGCCUACACAUUCAAGAAGGCAAACACGGUGAACGAGCAAGCGGUCGGAUCAAACUGGACGAGCUGGAAGACCGCCGCAGUGUUCGUCCUCCGUGUCAACCCACCAUCCCGAAGGGAUCUAUCAUCAUUCGUGACUUGAGACUCUGGCAUGCUGGUAUAGGGAACCAGACCGAUACGAUUCGUGUAAUGUUGGCUAUGAGUAAGUUGCCAAGCUGCAUGUUCGAACGCAAGCUAACGAACAUGUUUGAAGUUCAUUUCGCGCCGUGGUAUCGUAAUCCGAUGAAGCUGCAGUUGGCAGAUGAUUUGAAGGAAAUCGUGGAGAGUGAGAUGUCUCUCGAGAUCCCCGUGGAUUGGGCUUCGAAGGAUGCCGUUGCUGAGCAGUACUUGAAUCGGGCGUUUGGGAAUGCGUAUAACUUUAGUCAAGUGAAGUAA